AAAGUCUAAACACGACAAGUUCUGGUCUGUCGUGGCGGACCUUUUAUAAGGCCGCAGCAGGAUGCCCUCGGGGCCUCGUCAAGAGAGAAACCACGCACGAGUACGAGGGCAGCCAAACGCGAGAUUCACAUACAGGAACGCGACGAUCGAUCCUCUUCUUCGAUCAGAUCGGUGCUCGUAGUAGAUGGCGCAGGGGCAGGAGUCGUCGACGCAGGCCGCCGCAGCGCCAGCGCUGUGCGCGAACGGCUGCGGGUUCUACGGGAGCGCGGCGACCAAGAACAUGUGCUCCAAGUGCUACCUAGAGCACCUCAAGGCCACCGAUACGGCCGCCCCCGCCGUCGAGGGGAAGACGAAGAUCAAGGCCGACGUGGCCAGCCUCGCCUUCAACCUCAAGACGUCGCUGAGCCUGCAGGACUCCGCCGCCGCCGCCGCCACCGAGGCACCGACGGCCGAGGCGCCGGCGAAGAAGGCGGCGCCGAGCAGGUGCAUGGCGUGCAAGAAGAAGGUCGGGCUGCUGGGGUUCGCGUGCCGCUGCGGCGGCACCUUCUGCUCGCUGCACCGCUACGUGGACGGGCACGCGUGCGACUUCGACUACAAGAAGGUCGACCGCGAGAAGAUCGCCCAGCAGAACCCUCUGAUCGCGCCGUCCAAGAUCGACAAGAUUUGAAGGCAGAAGGGAGUCUAAAACAUGUACUACAGAGUUUUUUCUAGGGUCAUGUACAUACUACAGUAGUUAGUAGUACUAUCUUUUGUCUUUAGAUGUUUCAUCACGUACGCACUAGCUUCUAGGAUGAAGAGAGUGAUGUUAUCUUUCUUGCUCGUCGUCAUGUAUUCAUACAGAUCGGUGUAAAGUCAUACAGAUUGAUGUCAUCUUUUUUUU